AUGGCAUCGCACCACAUGUCGAGGUCUCCGUCGACCCCUUCUGAGGGUGAGAUCAUCGAAUCAGGUUUAGAGACGAAGGCAACUGCGUCACAACCUCCUCUUAAUGGCACCCGCGUUGACCGUCCCACCAGAGCUAGUACAUCCUCUGCACCCCGAUCUCCCGAGUCGUUGAGGGGCAGUAAAUCGCCACGCCGGCAGGGAUCGAGGACACGGUCCCUCUCGAGAUCCCGAUCCCGCUCUCCAUACCGGGACCACAGGGGGUACCAGCGCAGACGCGACGACGCGUAUGAUGACUCCGAGAGACGACGCUACGAACCUUCGCGACGUUUUGGCCCGCGGUACGAUGACAGAUACCAGCACCGCGCUCCUCCUUCGCGCCGACAGCGAUCCUACUACGAUUAUGACCGCGAGGAGGGCUAUGGUGGAGGUCUCCGGUACACCGAUGACUACGAUCGACGCAGAGAGAAGCGGCCGCGAAGCCGUUCGCCAUACCGCGAAGUGAGGAAACCCAAGCAGUACUCAAGCGACGAGUUAGAUCCACGGACUGAGGGCUCUGCGCCCUCGGCCAAAAGACGCAGGUCCCCCACUGAACAGUUAGUGAACGAGCGAGGAAAGGCCCCGGCCGUCGCUCGAGAUUCAAAGCUUGGUGCUAAAACGCGAGACAAUCAGGUGCAGCAGGCUCCUUCACAUCGCCGCGCUCAUUUUGCCGACGAGUAUGAAUCUAGUGUUGUUUCGCUGGGUUUGGAUCGGGUUACUAACGAUGCUUUCAGGGCCGAUACUCCUACCACAGAACCGGCGGAAGAGCCGCAACCGUCCGAGCCAGUUGACGAAGCAACUGCACUGGAGGCUCGUCGUAAACGCCGUGAAGCCAUUCGAGCGAAAUACCGAACCCAAGCUACACCAUUGCAGUUGAAAGCACUGCAUAUUGGUGAUGGCGAUACGGAUUCGUCCACGCCCGGUACUGAACCGGCGAGUGCGCAAGACACAUCGGAUUCUCCACGGCUUUCACCGUCCCAAACUCCACAUGAGCAGCCUGGGGAGUCGUUUCCCGGUUUCAAGAUUGGAAAAGACACUGACUUGGUCAAUUCCGAUGGCCCUGUCGACAGCAUUGAUAAAGACGAGCCCUCUGCUGCCGAUUACGAUCCCACAUUCGAUAUGAAGCAAGAGCGGGAAAAGCAUGGCAGUGUCCAAACCACCAAGGAGGACGUCUCCUCGGCGGCAUACGACGAAACCCAGACUGUCAAGCAGGAUGUCCUUCUCCCCGAUGCUCCCCCUGAGCAAACCGCGCCGCCCAAGGCGUACGACAUGUUCGCCGAUGACGACGACGACAUGUUUGCGGAAGACACUAACGAUGCACAACCUGCGCAUGCCGCAGCGAUGUCGGCCAUUCCUCAAGCCAAGGAGCUCGAUAUCCGCAUGAUGGACAACUGGGAUGAUCCCGAAGGCUAUUACAAUGUACGACUCGGAGAGUUGAUCAAUGGCCGGUACCACGUUCAGCAGAACCUUGGCAAGGGAAUGUUCUCGUCUGUCGUGCGUGCGACCGACUCGAAAACCGGGGGGCUGGUGGCCAUCAAGAUCAUUCGACAAAAUGACACGAUGCGCAAGGCCGGCAUGAAGGAAAUUGGGAUUUUGGAACAGCUGCACGAAGCGGACCCGGACGACAAGAAGCACAUCAUCAAAUUCGUUCGAUACUUUGACCACAAAGGUCACUUGUGCAUGGUGUUUGAGAACCUCAGCAUGAACCUUCGGGAAGUGCUCAAGAAGUUUGGGCGCGACGUGGGUCUAAACCUGCGGGCGAUCCGGGCCUACGCGCAACAGAUUUUCCUCGGACUGAGUCUGCUACGCCGGUGUAACGUCCUGCAUGCGGAUCUGAAACCGGAUAAUCUGCUGGUCAACGAACAGCGCAACAUCCUGAAGGUCUGCGACCUGGGCUCGGCAUCGCCGGCCUCGGAGAACGAGAUCACCCCGUACCUCGUUAGUCGGUUCUACCGCGCCCCAGAGGUCAUUCUAGGCAUUCCCUACGAUUACGCGAUCGACGUGUGGUCCAUCGGGUGUACAUUGUUUGAGCUGUACACGGGUAAGAUCCUGUUCACCGGUCGCAACAACAACCAGAUGCUCCACUCGAUCAUGGAGUGCCGGGGCAAGUACCCGCCCAAACUCCUCCGCCGCGGGUCUCUGGCACACCAGCACUUUGACGACAUGUUGAAUUUCCACAGCACCGAGGAAGACCGCAUUACAGGCCGGCUGGUGACGCGGAUUGUGGAUUUCAAGAAGCCCACUCGCGACCUGAAGACUCGGCUACUUGGUCAAGGCACGCGCGGAAUGUCAGAUGGUGACGCCAAAGACUUGACCUUGUUCGUGGAUUUCCUCGACCGAUGCUUGAGUCUGAAUCCGGAGAAGCGGUGCACACCGGCUGAGGCACUGAAGCAUCCAUUUUUGGCGCGCAAGGUGUAG